CCUCCACCCUUCCGUCUAGGAGGACCAGGGAAAGAACUUCAGCAGCUGCAGGAUAUGGCUCUGGGAGUUCUGAUAGCAGUCUGCCUCCUGUUCAAAGCAAUGAAGGCAGUGCUGAGCGAAGAAGCACAGGCGACCCCUCCUAGCACAGCGCAGCAGAGCAACUGGACUUUUAACAACACAGAAGUUGACUACAUAGAAGAACCCAUAGCUCUGAAGUUCUCCCAUCCUUGUCUGGAAGACCACAAUAGUUACUGCAUUAACGGAGCUUGCGCGUUUCACCAUGAGCUGAAGAAAGCCAUUUGCAGAUGCUUUACUGGUUAUACAGGAGAACGGUGUGAGCAUUUGACCUUAACUUCAUAUGCUGUGGAUUCUUAUGAAAAAUACAUUGCGAUUGGGAUUGGUGUUGGAUUGUUGAUCAGUGCUUUUCUUGCUGUCUUCUAUUGCUACAUAAGAAAAAGGUGUUUAAAUAUGAAAUCACCCUAUAUCAUCUGCUCUGGAGGGAGUCCACUGUGAGACCUUCUAAGACAUAGUCAGCAAGCCAUCUGUCAAAAGCAACAGAGACUCCAUGGAGAUCUUGGAUGAUACUAAAUGUGACAAGCUGACUUGAAAAUAAUUCAGUGAUUGACCAUUGUUCUUAGCUUUGGCCAUCUUUGGGUGCCAUGGAUGCUAUGUGAAUGGCCUACAGUAAUAGAAGCCAAGCUCACUACCCUUCUUUGGGUUUGCUCUUGGUUGUUUGUUGCCACUGCAGGAAGAUUUCUUCCAUGCUUCUGACCAUCUCAGAUGUGACUUUUCAUUUUAAUUGUUGUCUACCACAUAUCAAGUCAAAGUAAUGCCAUUUCUAGGUUUUUCAGGUACUCAACAUUUUGAGCCACCUGUCUCGAUGGACCUAAUCACAAACCAUCUGUCCUCAUGGGAUUUCAGGGAAUUUAGUAUCAACUUUUAGAUAUCAAGUGAGCUAAAGAUGCAUUAAACCUAAACCACUAAAAGAAAAGUGGAGUGUCCAAGGCAAGCAUAAAUCAUACCCAGCUGUGACAACAGUUUGCAAACUUCAUCUCUAUAGUUCAGAAAAAGCAGGUGAAUUCCUGAGGACUGAAAGAUGCCUGGACAGCAAGUUCAGAGCAGGCAAAGCAGCUGCUCCUAUAUGGAUUAUAAAGCCUGUGUUGGUUCAUCUGUCCUCUGGGGCCUUUACUCAUCAUCUCAGCCUUUCAUUGGAAGACUGGCAGUUGGGAUCCAUCACUUGAACUGAAGUCCUAGAAUUCACCUAAAGACUAAAAGCCUACAAUUGUUCCCCAGAUGGAAACUGACAACUAGAUAUAGGAACAACAGCAUGUGGAAUGUAACCACUUUGGACAGGUUGAUAGCAUAUUUGCACAUUGGUAAAGAAGAAACAACCAUAGAAAUACUACUUUGGGAAUCAGUAUAUCUCCUUGGAAUUGUUUCUGCUAUAUGAUCCAGUUUGGGCACAUCUCUUACUUUCUUUGUGCUUUGGUUCCAAUCUCUACAAAACCCAUGCCAUUCUAAAACUGAACUAUAAUGGAAGAAAAGAAACCCUCCUAUAUCUGCAUGGCAAGUGAGAUUAUCUUCAACGUUUCCAUUCUAAGCCCCAUCUCUAACCCCCCAAAACCCUUGGAUAUUAACCUUGGUAUAUAUUGUAAUGUUCACUUUGUAAAAAUAAUUUAUUUUGAAAGGAAAUACAA